UAACGCAUACAUGGGUGCCCCACCCAUGAUCCCAUGAUCUGAUCUUUUGAGUGAAACCACAAGCGGCAGAUUAACAGAAGCGGCCCUCUCUUUUUGAGAGGAAAAGGCUUAGAGAAUCAUCUUCUCUCCUCUCAUAAAAAGCUAAAAGAAAGGGGGAAAAAGAUUGACAAAGUCCCCUUCCUUCCCAAACAAAGUUUACUUUGGGUUUACCUCUCUUCUUCAACCAGUUUAGUUCGAUGAUCCCUGAGCUGUUAAUUCCUUUCUUUACACAUACCCUUUUGUUCAAAGACAAAGUAAAAGCAGGCAAACCACCGUUUCUUUGUAGAUCACAGCUUUAAAGACAACAUGGGUACUUUCUGAUAGCCUUCUUCCAGAAGAUCUUCCUCUUUCUUCUCUCUCUCUUUGAUAAUACCUCAUGCUUUGUUUUGUUGUUCAUUCUUAAAUGAGUCUGAGUAAUAAAGUAAGCAAAAAAUCUCUUCUCUGAAACACCCCAUAUUUCUGUCUCCCUUUACAUCUUUCCUUUUUUUUUUUGCUAUCUCUUGUCUGUCAGUCUCAUGGAUUCUGGUAACAGUGGUAGUAUGCAAUCUUCGAGUGGUGGCAGUGAAGAGUAUAAUUCACGCGCUGACUCAAUCUCAGCUUUUUUGAACUAUAACCCAUCGAGCCAUAUCAGUCAUGGUCCCUUGGGUAACCAACCACCACCGCUGCUGCCGCAACAGCAACACCAGAGCCACUCUUCAUCGGCUAUGUUUGACCCUUUAUCAAACUACUAUGCUCAUCCUUUAGCAAGAUCACCGCAACUUACAACAAACCCAAAUUCUCUCCUCAAUCUUGAUGGGGUUUGGUCCAAAAAUCUAGGAUCUGAGCCCAAUUGCACUGAUCUGGGUGGGUUCAUGGCCUCAUCAUCACCAACCCAACAGUUGUUGACUAACCAUCAAGCACAAAGCAGAGACAGUUUUCCUUCUAUGCAGAUCCCUGAAGGACCAGAAAUUGCUACCAAAAGUUCAGUUUCAGGCACAAGUGACCAACCCAACAACAACAAUAUGGUGCGUAACCCGAAGAAGAGAUCCAGAGCUUCUAGGCGUGCACCAACAACUGUUUUGACCACAGAUACCUCCAAUUUCCGAGCCAUGGUUCAGGAGUUCACUGGGAUCCCUGCACCACCCUUCACGUCCUCGUCUUUCCCAAGAACCAGGCUUGAUCUAUUUGGUACACCUUCCAGUAUUGGAUCAACCUAUUUAGACCCUUCACCUCCUCAUUAUCUUCUACGACCAUUUGCCCAAAAAUUCCACCCUCCACCAAUUGCUUCCUCUUCUACUACUUCCUCCUUAAUGAUUGAUGCUAUAGCUUCUACUCCUAGUACUAAAAUCACUUCUGCUUCUGCUAGUGACAACAACACUAGUUCUAGUUCAACUUCCAUUAACUACCAACGACCAUCCGAGUUAGGCCUUUUAAAGCAGCCUCAAAAUCUACUCAACGUCAACAUGCAAAACCCAAUUCUCAGCUUCCAAUCUCUCCUUGAAGCCCCUGCAAAGUACGCACUUCCCAAUUCAACCAUUCUCGGAACAAAGCCACGAGGGUCCUUAGAUAUUCCACCAAAUAUUGACUCUUCUCUCAAAAUGGGUGUUUUAGAAGAGUUUGGUUUGAGCCAGGGCCACGUCAAUACCAACCUCAGCAGUCUUCAAAACAUGGUAUCAUCGAAUGGGGCAUUGCCCAGAAACGAAAAUAGUACUAAUCCUCCGAGCUGGGGAGAAGGAACGGUGUCCCAAGAACGUGAUCAAAGUCUCCUAAGGUCCAUCAAUGGCAGCUACAAUAGUAACAACCAGAGAGUCUCAAAUGGGAAAAUGAGCAACUUCUCCGCUUCUUCAUCCGAUUUUCAUGGCGAUAAAGGGCCAGAAAAUAUGGCUACAAGAAGUGAAGGGGAGACGAUCACAAAAUCCCAAGAAUUUACUGUAAGAAAGCAAACGGCCUGGAUUUUUGUCUGCUUUCUUUGUAUCAUUAUCUAAAUCUGAAUUAAAAAGAAAAAAAAAAGAAUUGUUUUUGAAAUUAUUUUAUUUUAUUUUUGUUUAAAAUUUUGUAUGAUGCCUGGGAGUGAUUGGUGGCGAGAUUUGGGGAAUCGUAAGCCGCCGCAAUAUCUUUUUUAAAUGGACUUCAAAUACCUCUUUCCUGUGUGAGUUUGUGCUUCAUUAAUAUAUAAAUAAAUACAUUUUUCCUUUUAUAAUUUGGUGAUUGGUUUUUUCUGACUCUUUUAUUAUAAUGUAGA